UUCCAUCCAAUCAUAGAACAUUAACGGAAUGUACUGCGAAUGGCAGAGCAAACUCUGAAGAGCAGACAGGGUCAAAACACACAAAGCCAAACCAGCUUCACAUCUGCUUCUCCCGAAAAUGGAGGAAUCCCAGGAACUGCUCCAUUUUUGGGGAGACGCCAAUGUUUCGGAGGAAGAAUACUAUGAAGCCCAAGGCAUCCAUGGCUCCAAAUCCUUCUACACCUCUCCCAGAGGGCUUUCCCUCUUGACCAGGUCAUGGUUACCCCUCUCUUCCCCUCCACGCGGCAUCAUCUGUAUGGUCCAUGGCUACGGCAACGACAUCAGCUGGACCUUCCAGUCCACCGCAAUUUUCUUCGCGCAGAUGGGUUUCGCUUCCUUCGCUCUUGACCUUGAAGGCCAUGGUCACUCCCAAGGCCUCAAGGCCUUCGUCCCCAAUGUUGAUCUCGCCGUUGACGAUUGCUUCUCCUUCUUCAAUUCAAUCAAAGAGAAGCCUGAAUUUCAUGGGUUACCCUCUUUUCUCUACGGUGAAUCGAUGGGAGGAGCUAUUUGCCUUCUGAUUCAUUUCAGGGAUCCCAAAGCAUGGAAAGGUGCAAUUUUGGCUGCACCCAUGUGUAAAAUCUCCGAUUCGGUGAAGCCCAGAUGGCCAAUCCCCCAAAUCCUCUUCCUCGUUGCAAAAUUCUUACCCACCUUGCCAAUUGUUCCCACUGCAGAUCUUCUGGAUAAAUCUGUCAAAGUUGCUGAAAAGAAGUUAAUAGCAGGAAAGAAUCCAAUGAGGUAUAGAGGGAAACCAAGGUUAGGUACAGUAGUGGAACUUCUUCGAAUUACUGAUUAUCUCCACAAUCGGCUCUGUGAUGUGAGUCUUCCAUUUAUCGUUUUACAUGGCAGUGCAGAUGUUGUUACUGAUCCAGAUGUAAGUAGAGCUCUCUAUGAAGCCGCAAAGAGCGAAGAUAAGACUAUAAAGAUCUAUGAAGGAAUGAUGCAUUCACUUCUGUUUGGAGAGACAGAUGAGAAUGUUAAGAUUGUUCGAGGUGAUAUCUUGUCAUGGUUGAACAGUAGGUGUGAAGGGAGGGAAAUUGUUGUUUCAUAGGAGUCAUUCUCAUGGUUCUAUUCAAUUAUGUUGAGAAACGAUGCUUUCA